GUAGUUUAGUGAGUGUAGAAAUUAGGCAAUAAAGAUGGUGAGUUAUGAUAUUCACAAAAUGUUUGCACAGAGAGAAGACAGGGCACAACAUAAAAAGGCGGGGGGGACCCGUUGGCCAAUAAACCCUUUACUUUCCCACUAUUUAGAAAUAAAAAAAGAACUCUUCAAUCUAGAAAAAUCAAUGGUGAGAGAUGCUCAUCAUAAAGUCAUAUAUCUCCCCCACGGGAAGAGAGCCACUUAACACUUUCAACUCCUAAAUGACUCAAAUUCAGAAUCCUCUUCUAGUUCCAACCUUGUUCUAAAAGCCAUCAUUUCUAAGCUGAAGAAACUUCUAUCUUUUCUACAAUGAGCAAACCCAAAACCCAAAGGAAACCAACCAUUACCAAACAUGUCAGCCAAAACCAAAACCAAAACCAAGAGCUGCAGAAAACAGAAAAACAACCUUCAUGGGUGGUAAGAGGCCUGUUGGCUUGUAGGAAUGUUCAAAUCCAGCAACAUCAGCAUCAGCAGCAGCAGAAGGAAGCAAAACCACCACCAGAAGCAAAAGAUCAUCAACAAAGGAAAAAACAAGAACAGAGAAAGCUGCAAGAGGAACGAGUCCCGGAAGAUAACAGCAAGAAGAGCAAGAAGAUGAAGUGCUCAGGUUCGCUUUGUAACAACACCAAGAUCACGGCAAAGCCGGACACAUCAACCCCAGAUAUCCACAAGAAAAGGUUGUUUCUAAAUGGAUGCAACAGCAACAACGAUGCUUCCAGCAGAUCCAUGAAAGCACCUCUUACUGAACACAAUGGACCCGUCUCAGCUUCUUCCUCCUCAUUGUCAGCAUCUUCCAAUUCUUCUGGCGCUGGCUCUUUCAGGGGAAUGCCAUUCAGGAGACUUUCCGGCUGUUAUGAGUGUAGAAUGGUGGUAGACCCUGUUCUAGGAUUCACUAGAGACCCUUCUCUCAGGAGUAGCAUUUGUUCUUGCCCCGACUGUGGCGAGAUCAUGAAAGCUGAAAGCUUGGAGCAUCACCAGGCUGUUAAACAUGCAGUUUCUGAACUGGGUCCAGAAGACACCAGCAAGAACAUAGUUGAAAUAAUAUUCCACUCAAGCUGGCUGAAGAAGCAAUCUCCAGUGUGCAAAAUAGACCGCAUCCUCAAGGUCCACAACACCCAGAAAACCAUUACCAGAUUCGAAGAGUACAGAGACUCCAUAAAAGCAAAGGCCACGAAACUCCCCAAGAAACACCCACGUUGCAUAGCAGAUGGCAACGAGCUACUCAGGUUUCACUGCACCUCCUUCGCGUGUUCUCUAGGCCUAAACGGGUCCUCCAACUUGUGCAACUCCAUUCCACAGUGCAACGUUUGCAGCAUAAUCAAGCACGGGUUCAAGGUUGCCGGAGGAACCGGAAUCUUGACAACGGCAACGAGUGGGAAGGCACACGACAAGGCGUGUGUGGACGAGAGUGAAGAGAAGAGAGCAAUGCUGGUUUGUCGGGUUAUAGCAGGAAGGGUGAAGAAGAAUGCAGAAGGGGGCAUGGAGGAGUAUGAUUCGGUUGCAGGGGCUGUUGGGGCUUAUUCCAAUUUGGAUGAGUUGGUUGUGUUCAACCCAAGAGCUAUUUUGCCUUGCUUUGUUGUAAUCUAUAGUGGCUUUUGAUGAUAACUUCCUUUCAUAUAUCAGUUCCUUUGCUUUGUUAGCUCUUUUUAAGUUCUAGCAUCAUCUAGUUGAUUAUUUCGCUCGUGCUUUUUGGGGAGAGUAUAGAUCAGUCUCAGAUCAUUUUUGUAUGUGUUGGUUGGUAUCACUGACUCUCGCAUCCAUGGCAGAUUUAAUCAACGACUGUAUAUUACUAUAACAAUUAUAUAUUAACCGCAUGAUAAGCUUUUAUUGUCUGUA